GUGGCGGACAACACCACCGCUGCGCAUUCCCUGCAGGUCUGCAGGUCUGCCGUCGCGUCUCCCUCUCCACCCGCCUGUGGUUGUCGCUUAACUUUUGCAUAUUUCGCACGAGCGGAGAGGAGCGGAGCGGAGCAGAGCAAAGCAACCAAAAACCACUCACUUGGCUGGCACGUGAACCAUUACGAUGGCAGGCAAUUAUGUAGUAUAUGUAUGUGCGUGUUCCCUUCGCUGCUUUCUGGAUAGUCGACGGCAGCGACAGAGACAGCGGCAGCGACAGCGGCAGCGGUGGCGGGCCAUACGCAAAUCAGAAAUGUUUCCACAAGCAACAACAACAGCAAUGAAAAGCCGCGAAAUGGGUUUUUAAUGCAAACGACUUUUCCCCUCAAAGUGCACACGGCCAAGGUGAAUGAAGAGAACACUACAAAACAAAGAACAAAAUCAAAUUUUCUGCGAGAGACCACGUACUACACCACAAUUGAUCAGCGGAGUGGUGGGAAAGUGUGUACACAUUGCCGCAGUUUGUCUUUUUCUUUUGUUAUUUGGUGUAAAAUCAAGAUUGAAAAGGAGACUUUUUUGGCUUACAAUUGCAACAUCCUGAUCGUGUUUCCAUGCAAAUUCAAUACUUAAGCUGUAAUUCACUUUUCUCGCCGAUAGUGUGUACUUCAACCUUCGACUUUUGUUUUCAGAAGAAUUUAAGCCAAUUCCUCAUCUGUAUGUAGGUGCAACUGCAUUUCUAUUGCCUUCAUUCCUGGGAUGAUUUCCCAUGGACUCUAGCAAUUGCGGUGUACCGCCUGCAGCCCAGUAAAUCCAAUGUUUUGGUAUGUUUAGAAGCGAAAGCAGUGGCACCAGCAACAAGCCCCAUAGACAUGUGCGCUGGAUGUGGAUGUGGAUGUGGAUGUGAAUGUGGAUGUGAAUGUGGAUAUGUGUGUCUGUCUAGCUGUCAGUCGUCCUGGUGAUGCGGUAGUAGGACGCCUUUACCGUGUGCCUCAACCUCAACCUCAACCAGGUACGAGUAUAUUGCCUCCAAAAGAGCUUUAAAUAAACAAACUAAUAACAGAAAUCACGAAGCAAUAGGCAAUAGGCAAUAGGUAAAUGUGAAUGCGGAGCAGGAGCGCGAUGCGGGACGCGGGAGUCGGGAGGGAGAACGGUGUGUAGAAUAAGGACAACGAGGCGACGCGACGCGACUGUCUCCUAACUGCACCAGGUACAUAGUACAAGUCUAUGGCAACCGCGCCAAUAUGUAUAUGUAUAACCCGAAUAAACAAACUAAUAAAACAUGCCCAGAGACCCAGGCACAGGCCCAGGCCCAGGCCCAGGGCGAGGGCUUAGGCUUGAGCCCCAGCCAGACCAGACCAGACCAGACCCGUUGCCAGUGCCAGUGCCAGUGGCAGUGCCAGAGCCAGAGACGCGACUCGAAAAAACAUUCGAGUAGGAAUACCCCAAAAGACUGAAAAAAUAAAAACACCAACAACAAAAAAAACAACAAAAAGUCAACUAAAACUGAACCAAAAUUUGGGCGGAAGAGAGAAAAACCACGAGCAGAGUGGAUAGUAGAGAGAGAGAAGCGCCAGGAAGCAGCCACUGCAACGGAACGGAACGGAACGGAACCAGAGCGCCCGCCUCAAGUGGAGAGUCAAAAGUGGAAAGUGGAGCGAAAAGGAGGAGAGGAGAGCUUCUCCAAAAGUUACAGUAUCUAUGCACUGUAUCUGUGUAAUCCAUAAUCCGAAUGCAAUCGCAAAUUAGAUAACCGAACCAGGUGCGCGGCAUACAUAUCUGGGCUCCUCUCCACUGGAAUUGGAAUUGGACUUGGACGGCACUUGCAUCUCUUUUCGUCUCCAUACUCCCAUAUUAUGCAACGCUAGGAAGCGCACGCUCGGGAGAGAGGAGGAAAUCGGGAAAGCACUUUGAACCAUGUCGGAAGCUCUCGCGGAGUCGCUCGCUCGGAUAGAACUAUUAUGAAACUCGAAGGUGGAAGUCGCACGCACGGCAACGGCCCAGGGUGUGGUGCAGGGGCAGAGCCAGGGCCAGGGACAGGCGCUGGUGCAGGUGCAAGGACAAGGGCAGCCAAGGACAACGACGGCGACGGCGGCGGCAACACAUGCCAGGCGUCGCACGCUGAUCUCCAUGGCCAAAUGCCGCAGCAGGCAGUACUCCACACUCCAUGAUGAGGCGCCGGAGUCGCCGUCCCCGUCGCCAGCACCUACACCUACACCUACACCAGCUCCCGUCCCAGCCACAGUUCUCCCCACAACAUCCGUUGCAACAACAGCCGCCGUCAAUGGUGCAACAACCACGUCGCCACAACUUCAACAACAACAACAACAACAACAGAACUACUUACCUCAAACAUCUUUGCUGAAAAUCGAACCGUUCGUUCCUAGUUUUAAUCAACGACUUCGCCGGCGUCCUAUUGGUCGCUCCCAUAGCACCCUAAGCCACAAUGUCAUCCAGAAGCGGCAUCCAGUGCCCUCCACCGCCGCCGCCGCAGCAGCCCAAUACCAACAGCAGCAGCAGCAGCAGCAUCACCAUCACCAUCAUCAACAGCAAUCGGAACAGCUCCAAGUGGGUCAUCCCCAGCAGCAGCAGCAACAGUUGAAGCGCAGCUAUGGGACCGCCGCUCAGCUGCGCAAUCAUCAGCGGAAUCUGCACCGUGGGGUGGGCAUCACCCGUCAACGCUCCAAGUCCACCUCCUCCUCGGCGGCCUCGAACAACUGCCGCCCGGCCACUUCCGCUGCCACGCCCAACACGCUGGUGGGCAGCACGGGAGGGACGCUGGUGAGCGGAGCAAUUGUCACGCCGCAGCCGAAUGGCAUCUGUCGGAUUCAGCGGCUGGCCAAGGAGCGCGAGGAACUGCCCGAUCGCAUCAACUACGAUCGCCGCGGCCUCACGGCCAUUCCCAUCUUCGAGCAGGAGCCCAAUCUCCGGCUGCUGUCGCUGCAGCACAAUCUAAUCAACACCUUCCACAUACCCAAGGAGCUGCCCCCGCCGCCACCGCCAGUACCUCCUCCUCCACCACCAGCAGUGUCCACGCCAAGGGAUGAAUACAACAGCCACAACCACACCAACGGGAGUACCAAGGAGGGAUCCGAUCUGGGCGUGCACAAACGCCGCUCUGGCCUGCGGGGACAUCAGCAGGGGCCACGAUUGACGCGUGCCAUGACCAAUGCCGGGAAUCCGCAGAACCAUCAUCUGUCGCCCAAGUCCGGCGGGAGUCCGAAUUCGGGCAGUCCUCUGACCACCCAAGCUCUGGCCAUCAACGGAGGAGGAGCCGGACGCUCGAAGCUGCCCAAGCGAGGCUACAACUAUGGGCAGGCGCAGCUCACGCCACCGCCCGCUCUGAGAAUGCGCUAUGGCAUGGAGAAGUCCAAGAGCUUCAUGUCCAGCAGCCUGCAGGCGAUGAAGCACCAACAGCAGCUCAUGCAGCGAAGGGCCUUGUUGAAGGCCACAGGAGGCGGAGGGGGAGCAUUGGCUGGGAGCAUUCUGCAGAGCUGCGACGAGAGCAGCGCCCUGAAUGGCAGCACUCUCUCGCUGUGUGGGGGACUGGGCGAAGAGGAGGAGCCCAGUGCUGCCUCCAGCUGCCCCCUGGAGCAGCUGAGCAUCAAGAACAAGCAGCUGAGUCUCAGUGCCAGCUACGGCAGCAUCUUCCAGCAGUUGGUCUUCCUCGAUCUCUACGACAACCAAAUCGAGCGGAUAGCCAACCUGGACGGACUCCCAGUGCUCUCAGUGCUGCUGUUGGGCAAGAACCGCAUCACGGACAUUGGCGGACUGGCCUCCCUGAAGGACUCGCUCCGCGUGCUGGACCUGCACGGCAACAAGCUGACGACGCUGGGCAGCCGCAUCAACUGUCUACAGCAGCUGAAGUCCCUUAAUCUCGCGGGGAAUCAGAUCCGUCAGAUUAACCAGCAGGACUUCCUGGGCCUCCGCUGCCUGCGGGAGCUGAACCUCAAGCGGAACAAGCUGCGGCGCAUCAAUGGCUUCCAGCAUUUGGUGGCUCUGGAGCGCCUGUGGCUGUGCCACAACGAGCUGCACAAAGUGGACGAUAUGGCGAGCAUAGCACGCGCCUCGCGACUCCUCGAGGUAACGAUCGAGAACAAUCCCGUGUCCCUGGCCGGCGAUUGUGUGUCCUUCCUGGUGUCAUAUCUGCCCCUGCUGCAGUCCCUCAGCCAGAUGCCCAUCACAGAGCAGGUGCGUCGCGCGGCGCUCGCCUGGCGCCAGCACAAGGAGCAGGCCCAGUCAACGCACGGCAGCUCGGAGGCGUACCACACCAUCCGCAGGGAGGAGGUGAUUUCGAAUGCGCGCACCAACUGGGAGCUGCUGCGAUCCCAGCAGACCAUGGGUCGCCCCAAGAGCCGCCUCACCAGCGAGCUGGCCAAGAUCAACGAGUCCAACGAGGGCACUGCCAACGAGGAGCCGGAAACAGAGUCCGAGGAGUCACAGCAGCAGCAGCCCAAGGAGCUGUUGGACGAGCUGCAGGCGCUGACCAAACUGCCGCCCAUUUCUAAGAAACUGCCAGAGGAGGAUGGCGUCUCAUCUGAGGCCUCCAGCCUGGGACCCAACGUGGACUCUUGCUCCAGCUGCUACAGCACCGACAACGAGGAGGGAGGAGCAGGCAGGAACAAGCCCACCACACCGCAGAUCGAUGAGAACUGCAACAGGGUGGUGGGGGGAGGAGUCGAUGCCGCCUGCUCUUCGCCUGCCCCUCCGACACAAGACGGAGCAAAGACUGCGACGACUCUUGCAGCUGCCACGCCUUCGCCUUCACCACCAGCUCUCACCCUGACGCCCCCCGCUGCCCAUGGCACUUCUGUGCCGUGCUGCACGCCCAAUCCGCCGCCACCAUCGACCACGGCCACGCUGCCCGUGCCCCCAUCCACCGCCACAGGGAGCUCCAGCGGCAGCCGUCCGGCCAGCAGUAAGCAGCGUCCCCGCCACGCGCCCAUCACGCAGCUGGGUCUGCAGAUAAAUCGCGGCGGAGCCUCCAAGCGGUACAUGGCAGGGAGUUUGGUGAGGGCUCAGACCGUGAGCAGCAGCACGAGCAACAGCAGCAGCUCCAACAGCACAGGUCGCGCCAAAGUCACUCCCAAUGCGCUCUCUGUGGUGCCGUCCCAGAGCAAGGCGUCGACUCCGACAAGCGGGAGUGCUGGAGGGCGGGAGUCAGCGACAGCGGCGGCGACAGGCGGAGGACCCGCAGCUGGAGGAGGAGCCACACCUGCAGCAGCCAUCACCGUGUCGAAGCCGAGUGCAGCGGAGCGAGAGAGGGAGCAGGGAGGCGACUACCUGAUCGAGAUCUGCGGCCGAUACCUGAACAUUUACGGCCAGGGAGCGCUGCGGUUCAUCGACAAGCAGUGGAACCCGGCCAAGGCCAACGACGUGCAUACCCUCAACUUCAGCUACAUCAACUUCAACAGCAUUGUGUCUGUUCUGGGCAGGAUCAAGUUGCGCUUCCCCCACGCCGAGCACUUUGUCUUCCGGGAAACGAACAUCAGUUGUCUCGGCCAGCUGAACGGGCUGGCGGAGCUGCAGGGACUGGGCAGCCUGCUCAUCGAUGCGGAGGGCAACAGCAUAACCGCGAAGGCGUCCUGGAGAGCGUACGCCAUCUACAGACUAUCCCACUGGGGCCUGAAGCAACUAAACGGCCAGGAGGUGACCGAAGCAGAGGUGGAGGCAGCCAAUGCCAUGUAUGCAGGACUCUCGGAUCUCGUUCUCUGGUCCAUGCCCGAGGUGAUGCUCCAGCCGCUGCUGGCCCGCCUCCGCCUGGACGAGACGUGCACGGCUAGCAAGCUGUCGCCCAAGGAGUGGCUCCUGCGGCCAGACAAUAAAUCCCUGCGCCUCGUCGUGGGCAAGGAGGCCCUGCAGUGGAAGAAGAAUGCUGCAACUGCGGCCCCUGCUAGUGCCGCACCAACGACAGCGGCAGGGGCCAGUGAGGGUGGCGCGAAUGCAAUGGCGCCCAGUGCCAGGGAUCGGGGAAGGCAGCACUUUGCCCUGCUGCUGGAGAACACCUGCAAUGCGGUGGAGAAGCUGCACAAGCUGGAGACGCUCUGGCCGAGCAUGCUGCUGGACAUUGUGCGCAAUACGCUGCUGGACUACGCCCAGCUGGACGUCUACCUGCGGAAUCUCAUGUGCGAGCUGAUGAAGUGAUGGAGGACAGGGAGGCAGGAAGGAGAGGCCCCCGAGGGGGCGCGUGGAGUUCGUAGACUUAUU